AUCGAAUAAUUAGUCAAUCUCAGGAGUCGAUAAUUGAAAGAAUAGAAAACAACGAAUGCAAUGGCCAAAGGCAGCCCGUUCGAUUGGCGCUCUUAUCUCACCUAGAAGCGUAGCCCACACACACCGGAGAAAUCUCUACGGGCCGGAUGAUGGUGGAUUUCGGGUUCUUACAAUUGUAGAAUCAUCUUCAUCUUCACCGCUUAUUGCAGAUUAUCCCUAAUUCGUAUGCAGUUCAGGUAUCAUUUGGAUUCAAAGAACUGUGGUUCCUGGAUUUCAUGGACCGAAGCUGAGAGUAGAGAAGAUUCCUUUCUUUUCAUGAACUGAACACGAUCAGCUGGAGUUGAAAUAAAAACGUAGCAGAUUUGGUGAAGAAUGGCUUCGGAGGAGAGAACUCUUGUUGAAAUUUUGGAAGAGAACAUUCCCAUAGACAUGGCCAAAUACAUCACGUUCGUUAGUGCUCCCCAGGCUGGCGCUAUCUCUACAUUUUCAGGUACUACUCGGGACAAUUUUGAAGGCAAGACGGUGGUCGAAUUGCGGUAUGAGGCUUAUGUACCAAUGGCUAUCCGGAGCAUCAAAUCCAUAUGUUCAUCAGCUAGAUCGUCUUGGAACCUCCAUUCGAUCGCAGUUGCCCACCGCCUAGGUCCUGUUCCUGUUGGGGGGGUUAGCGUUUUCAUUGCUGUUUCAGCUGUUCAUCGUGCUGAUGCUAUGGAUUGUUGCCGUUUUGUGAUUGAUGAACUUAAGGCUUGCGUGCCAAUAUGGAAAAAGGAGGUUUAUGAUAAUGGGGAGGUUUGGAAGGAGAAUUCUGAGUUCACGGAUAGAAGAUUGGAGCUUGUGAAUAAGGAAGGACAUGAUCACGAUGAAAAUGAAACUGCAGUUGUAAGGCAUAACAGGAAAAGCUGCUGUGGCUCAAAGGUUAAGGCAAUGAAUGAAGAACCGUCUAACUGUAUUAUUAGUUCAGAUCAUGAAGAAGGCAACCACCAACACAAUGUUAAGAAUGAAAAUGAAAAUGAAGAAGCUCAACUUCAAAGGAAUAUCAGGAAAAGCUGUUGUGGUUCAAAGGUUAAGCUGAAUGAAUGAAGAAUCUUAGACAUCUGAUGCAUUAGCUGUUUAUGGGGGUUUUUAGGAUAUUAUUGUAUUUAGCUACACACUCAAAACUCUUGUUAUUCUAUUAUUGGUGGUUUUUCUCUUAUACUAUUUCCUUAAUCAUUCUGAUAGCA